AUGCCGUUUUACUACGCAUGCACACUCCACACGUUUCUCGUCCAUCACGUGACUUCCGCGUGGGAUUUUUGCGAGAACCUACUGGGGAGGGGUAAGAGUGCAAAUAGUAUAUCUAUUAAUUUUUAUAUUGUAGUUGGUUUAGAUUUUAUAAUUCAAUUCUUAUCUAGAGAAUCUAUAGAAUUAUUUUUUAUAUUUUAGGAAAUAUUUUACGUAAAGCGCUGCUGUAUUUCUCUCAGGACAGAGUUAUUUUUGUCAUCAGGGUACCCCACCCUGGGUAUUUUUGUCGUGUCCAUAAAAAGCGUGGAAAGGCGUUGGUUAGCAAUUUCAAGCGUUUCCUUUUCCUGGCGAGCUUGGCAUCAUAACCACUGAUUCACGCUUCGAUUUCGUCUGUAUCUCGCAUUGUCUUUGUUGUGUGAACUGCCAACGUAGCACAUCUAUCCUUCGUGGAUUUACAAUAGUCUUCGCAAAGGUAUGUUGUGUUUUAUUUGCUUUCUACGAGCUUAUUUUAACCACAUUUUAUAUGUAAGCAUUUUGUAACGCGAGUGUAUUCGUCACCGACACAAGAACGUCUUGUCUGAAUCAAAAAUGACAGAAUUCGUCCGACUACAACGAGACAUGAUCAUUUAAAGCUUAGUUUCUAGCUUUUUGAUGUAUUAUAUGACAAGAAUAGUGAUACACCAAGCAAAACCACCGUACUAAACUUGUUCGAUGGGUGGUUGGUAUUAAUAACUAUGUCUGCAGGAAUUUUAUAUUCGAUAAUAUUUCUGCUUCCUGGGUCGUCGUUAUGUGCUUUCCAGCAGUUAACUGUUUCGAUUUAUAUUAGCAGUUUAUUUCUCUCUUUCUUUUCGACAGGCAGAAAUGGUUUAAAAACUCUGCAAUUGAAUCAUUUUGAAAAAGUGCUGUAAAUUCAAAAGCUACUUUUGUACUACCGUAUUCGUCUUGGGUCCUGCUAGCUUGUAUUCUCGAAUUCACUCGAGUCCGAGUCGAAAUAUCAGUUUGCUUGCAUUUAUAAUGCUUCCUGUCUUUAUUUAAAGCGAAAUAUUUCGAAAUAAGACAAGGUAUUUACGGCUUUUGAACAAGAAUAAAUGAAAGUUAUAAUUAUUCAAUUGAGAUGUAGUUUUUAUACUCUGGGCACUGUAUAAAGCCGUUUAUUCGUAUGAUUUCAUUAACAACCUGUUGAAUAAAUGAAGCAGACCCGGUCCCACCUUUUCCUGUUGCAUAAAGAUCGAUUUUACAGUUGCUUCAGCAGUGCUAAAAGCGAAUUACUUACAGCCACGUUUUGUAUCGAAUUUUUGAUAGCUUUAGCAUAAUUUAACAACAAUAGCUUGAUAUGAAAUCUGUAUGCAGAGGUAAUUCACAGAUACGCUUGCCUAAACUACCCAACAGAUUCAUUUUAUACCUAGUUUCCCCUACGCCUGUUUGUUUCUGUAGCAGUGUGUAAGCUGAUAUGCCUUGUUUUGGCGUGUUUAGUCUCGUACAUUGCUGAAACUAUAUUACUAAAUGAUAAGACAAAGCACCCAAACAUUUGAAACAACAUGAACUAUUUUCAAGGAAGUACUGUGGUGUUAAUCGGUAUCUUUUGUAAAAUUCUUAUUAUGAUUCGUCAGAAUAUUGGAACAGUUUAUUUUCAAACAAUCACUUGUACAUUUUGUUAUAUCGAGUAGAAAUACAAAAUUUAAAUCGAGGUUUAAAUAAUUUUGUAAUUGAGGGCAACUUUUAUAUAACUUCCCCUAGUUGGGGGGGAAGUAACAAGGGGGAAUUUCGUUCUCGACCAAUCCGCGCUUUUGUUUACAUUUUUGCCCUAAGCAAUCAGAAUGCGUAAAACGCUUCAUCACAUGAAAUUUGUAAAUUAUAUCAGUGUAAUCUAAUAUUUAUGAAAUCUGCUGUGUUGGUGUAAUGUACUCAGGUGAAUAAGAUGUUUGUGUGAUGUUACUCUGAGUGUAUAUCCACACCGGGCAGGCUUGAAAAAUAUGCCUGGCCACGGCGGGAUUCGAACCUACGACCUUUCCAAUACUAGCCCAAUGCUCUUCCAAUGUUGGAUUGCAUUAUAUAAUAUGUGCAAAAUAUUCAUUUGUGCACAGGUAUUCUGGUAAUGCACAAAUGUAUGGACUAAAAUGUUUCAAUUAUAGUAGAUCGGGAUCUAUUGGGGACCUGUUUAUAUGAUCUAGACUAUCCAGAACACAUGCUUGAAGCCUAAUUCAUGUUGCCUGUUUGGUAUACAGUGCUUAUUGUAUAUGGUGAAUUUCUUGGCUUACAUAUAGCCAGGAUUCUGGCAAUGGAAACCUCAUGCUUAGCUAGGCCGAUAGUAGCAGGAUAGGAUAGAACAUACUGGCAAAUGUGAACAGGGCCCAAUUGUGACAAGUGAGCCAGAUGAAGUAAAAAAACAAUAAAGUUCAUAUACAGGUAUGUCCAUAACUUUUGAUACCUGAACAGCAACAUUGAACAAAAUCAUUCUGUCCCAAAGUCAUCCAUCUUCCUUAAGUUUAGGACUCUGAGACCAAUGAAUAUAUUGUCAUUCAAGGAUUAAAAACAGUGAAGAAAAGUGUUAUGGUCAAACAAACGAAAAUAUUCGUAUCCACAGGCUGCAACACGCAAUGUUGACACAUUAUUUUGAAGUCGACUAAGCUCAACUAAAUGUCGAAAUCGACGAAAAACGAGCCAAAAAACAGUUAUUGAGCUAAUCAAUCAAAUAAAUACUUGGCAUAAGUUUGAAGGUCCAUAGUCCAAAUAUUUGAUGAGUUUCUUUAUCCCAUUUAUACCAACAAAAUUUUAAAAAUUCCCUGUAUUUAGAUAUUCGCCAUAUUGAUCACCAUGCUGUUUGGCAAGAAAUCGACAUGUCAACUUGUCCCGGCCCGGAAAUGUCCUGUUUACUUGUUACACAGGAUAUUAAUAAGUUAAUGUGAAAAUAUGAAGAUAAAAGUAUCUUUUAAAAAAUAAAACCUCUCAAACCUCGAUUUGAAAGGCUUUUAAAAACGCUAAUCCGUUCGGAACCUACAAAUUCGAGGGGUGGUAUUUAAGCCUGCGCAAGGCAAAGUUUGAAGACCCAUAUCUUCGCAAUCACGCAAUUAAUCAAAAAUCGCCACGAGGAAGUUGAGGAGAAUUCUUUUAAGAACAACAUAUAUGAAUUUCAUGGCAAAAAAACAAAAAACCGCUUGCAGAAAAGCUCUGAAGUAACCCCAUAUGUUUGUUUACAAAUUUCAUGUGAUGAAGCGUUUUACGCAUUCUGAUUGGCUUAGGGCAAAAAUGUAAACAAAAGCGCGGAUUGGUCGAGAACGGAAUUCCCCCUUGUUGGGGGAAGUUAUGAAAUUGAAAAUUUCCUUAUGCUUAUCACUUUUCUCUUCAUAAUCAUUUUAAUUUCUAUCCUGAACAUAUUGUCUCCUUGUUUUCCUAUAAAGAUUUGUAUCAAUCUUGUAUGCAGGACUACCGGGACGGUUGUGGCUAAAGGGGAUGGACUAUAGGCAGCUUUUCAAGAUGGCCGCCAGUUUUAAGAUCAUUAAAAUGCAAGAGAAUCAACAACCAACUACUUGCAACAAUACUAAACCUCACCCCAGACCUAACUCUAACCCCAGACCUAAUCCUAACCCCACAACUCUGAUACUAACGCAUACUCUUAUGUCAAUUUUGGAACCACUUCGUAAAUUACCUCUUGUCCAUCCCUUUUAGACAUUACCCUGCAAGGAGGGGGGGGGCAUUCCACCCUGGCCUCCAGCUCAAAAUGGGCUUGCCAUGCAACAAAGGCCCUUAAAAUAUCUUGAUACCAGAAUUCUUAAUCGAGAAUAUAAAUCCUAGUUGCGUCAGUGAUGAUAAUAUGCAAAAAAGUGUAAUAUAUUCACCUGAGUACAUAACAUCAACACACACACAAAGUACCACUUCUCCUGUUUUGCAAUUAUGACUUCAUAAGGAUGUUCUGGGAAGGCCACCUGUCUCGAUUAGCCCUUAUGGUUAUUACAGGUGGCCUUCACUCUCAUUUGUAAUUUUUUAUCUAUAACAGAAUGUAUUUGAAUCUUUUUGAGUGUAAAUAAACUAUUGUUAUUAUUGUUGUUAUUAUUAUUAUUAUUAUUAUUGGGCUCAGCAAAGCCUCUCAGCAGCUCAGAUGAUAAAGUUGGCAGACUCUCUUGCGAGGAUGCAACAAUGAUUGGAAUGAAAUAUCAACAUUACCCUAGAAAACUACAGAUAGAUGUAAACCAAUAGAUUUCAUUUUAGUUUUAUGGAACUUUUCUAAACUUUUGUAGGGUCAGCAAUUUUAUAG